AGUGGGCGUUCACACGCGACGCGUUCUUCUAGACAAUCUAUAUUUAUUGUUUCUUUGUGUAGACAUAACAGGCGUCUUCACUGUCACGUUAAAUUUUAAACGCGUCUCGAGACAGCAGCGUUAUUAAUUUCUUUAUGGUGAAUCUAGAAGUUUAUACCCCAGGACAUGUCCUAUUCGCGCCUCAAGCUGUUGUCUAGGUAGGAAGCUCGCUAACUUUUAGACACAGCCCAUGCGCGCUUUCGCUUAGCAGAGGAGCCCGAAGUUAAAUAGGACUUAGCUAAAUUGCGUAUAGAGCUGUCUGACGCCAUGAAUAGGAUGUAACCUUAACAGAAACACCUAAGAGAAACUUUUUUGGGAAAACUCAGCUGCCUUUGUUCGCCUUGAAUAUGUAUCGCGUUUCGUAAAUACGCAAGAAUCUCCGUACAGGUGUGACGACGAAUGCAGGGGAGAUGGGGAACUGUUGGAGAUGGUGCUACAGGACGUGCACCUGCUGCUUAUCUGAAGAGGAGAGAAGCGCUAUCACCGUACACAAUGAAAUUAAACGGGUCCUGGCGGAGCAAAAGAAACGAGAACGCAGAGAGAUCAAAGUGCUUUUAUUAGGCACUGGAGAAAGCGGGAAGACGACUUUUAUUAAACAAAUGAGGAUAAUUCAUGGAAAUGGUUUUUCGGAAGACGACAGACGUGCGUAUGCUAAACUCGUUUACCAGAAUAUCUUCACAGCUAUGAAGGCAAUGACGGUGGCUAUGUCCACACUGAAGAUUCCCUAUGCCAUCCAACAGAAUGAGGUGUACAGCCAACAGUUUCAGGAAGUGGAAAUAAAUCGGAUGACACAGUUGGACAGAAAAUAUGUCGACCCUAUUCGUCGACUCUGGGCUGACGCAGGUAUCAAGAACUGUUACAGUCGCCGUAGAGAGUACCAGCUACUGGACUCUACAGAAUACUUUAUGAAAAAUUUAGACCGUAUCGCAGCUGCAGAUUACAUCCCGACAGCCCAGGAUGUGCUCAGGGUCCGGUUUCCCACCACGGGCAUCAAUGAUUAUUCAUUUAGUGUGGAGAAGAUCACCCUCAGGAUUGUUGAUGUGGGUGGCCAGAAGUCAGAAAGGAGAAAAUGGAUCCACUGCUUUGAGAACGUGACAUCCCUCAUAUUUUUAGCGUCUCUCAGCGAGUUUGACCAAGUGCUGGAGGAGAAUAACAAAGACAACCGCAUGAAGGAGAGCUUGUCGCUCUUCUACACCACCAUCCACUCGCCGUGGUUCGCCACUGCCUCCAUCAUCCUUUUCCUUAACAAGAUGGACAUCCUGGCAGAAAAGAUCCAGACGUCAGAUUUACAAACAUACUUCCCAGAUUUCCGAGGCAAACGCCGGGACGCGCAUGAAGCCAUGGGGUUCAUCUCAGAGAUUUAUAAGCAGAAGGCCAUCAAUGUCGAGAACAAGGAAUGUAAACACAUCUACCCUCACUUCACCUGUGCCACGGACACCAGUAACAUCCGGAAGGUUUUCAAUGAUGUGAAAGACACUGUACUUAUUGCGUCUCUGAAGGAGUAUGGAGUACUAUAAAAUGUCCCGAGAAGCACCAAUGAAGCGCUGAUCCUUUCAGGAUGCGUAUAAGCACAGAUUGCUUUGGCCUCAAACUAGUUGGAAUACGCAAAGGACGCCGUAACUUGUUUCUCUUUGUGCCAGCCUUUGUAACACUUUCCUUCUUUAUCUUUCGAUUAAGCUAUUCUUAAAUUCCCACUUUUGACAUUUGGUGGAUGACUUGAAUGCAAAACACAGUGUCAUAGCCGGUUCACAACCUGCACUCAGGAACAAGGCAAUUUAAUGAAUACAGGCAUACAAAUCCCCAAUUCCCUGUAUAUUUGUUUAUUCACUAUAAUAGCACCAAAAUUCAAGGCCAUGUUUUUUUAAAGGUUAAGCAAUCAUAUUGUAAAUCUUAUCUGUGUGCUUCAUUUAUUAAAUUAGUAAGACGUAAGGUUCGUCCUGUAUGGCACAUAAGUGGAUCCUAGUCAUCCACUUACAGCUUCCACAUUCACUUCGCCCGAGGCUUCUGCUUGGGUUUCUCAUUUUAUGGGAUAAGCAACAGUUGUAUAUUCGUAUGGUAGUCAGAUCUCUUAUAUACAAUUCGUUCCAAACAGUAGGGGGAAGGAAUGGUUGCUUGCCACACCACUCCUGUUAACUUUUAACACAAUUGUAGCUAUGUAUAAUUUCUCAUGGGGGGCUGCAGGGAGCCGUCCAGUAACAAGUUUGGGUAACCCCGGACUACACUGUCACUUGUCACUCAUUUUGUCUGAAAUGUUUUCAGGUUUCUUUUUAUUGGCCUAGUUAUAAUAUAUGUAAAAAAAACAUUUAGACUUACACACAGUGCCUCCCACAGGUCAGAAUGACACAUUUCUCUAUAUUAUAAAAAAUUCCUUUGAUCCCUGUCAUGUGUCAGCCGAAGUCACUUUCAAGGCAUGAGGAAGUUGUCAGAUCACACCUCAGGCUGUUGCAGGAAUGCAGCGCAGCUGACUGAAUAUUUAAGGUGGCGAGUUUUGGUUUCGAGGGGGUGGAGAAACACUACACUGUACCUGCCAAGCAAAAUUACCUGUCUCUUGUUUGUUUGCUACGCUGUAAAAAAGUUAAAGCUGCUCUAAUAAAUAAAACUUAGUUCAAUUGGUAACACCUAAACAAAUAGGU